GCUCAGCAUACGAAAGCCAGGAUUCGCUGAAGCGUGGUUGUGACCUCACGAGCUUGAACAGUUCUUGUCUAUUUCAUCUGGUAAUUGGUGUGGCUGAUUUUUGUGUAAGUAAUUUUUUCUGAUGAAUGACAAUGAAGUACUACUGUUGAUGUGCCUUGACGUACACGUACUAGUCACCUUUACCUUUCCAGUUGUCCCCUUUCUAUGGUAGAGGAGUCUGUUGUAGAAGCAAGAUGAUGUUACGGGUGCAGCUCUAAUUAGUAGUCUCUUUUUGAUGAUACACAAACACAACAUACAAGCUGUACAAGAGAAAAAUUUCAGAACUACAAACCGCAAUUACUAUUUGUAUGUCGACUAGUACUGAAAAAAUACGUCAUGAUCUUAAUUAAUAUCAGCAAGAAGAGCAAUACGAUAACAAUAGCAAGCAUCAGUGUCAAAAAGACGCAGAAUUUCAAUUUCUCUCUAAAGCAUCUUAUCGUCAAUGACAUGCCUAAUUAAUUAAGUACAAGCUCGAUACCUCAUACUUCAAGAAAAAAGAUGACGCAAUACUCAGACCUCGAAUACAGCCAGGCUGCGUACAUGUAUAACCAAGCUCAGAACGGACAGGCUCCACCCAAAAUGCCUCAAGCUUUGCAGGUAAUAUUACCAUCAAGGCCAGUAUCAGUUCUCAUACUAGUCAUAAUUAAUCGCGGUUUUCUCUGUUGCUGUUUGGUAGUUCUUGUACAGUCUCUUUAUUUCGCUACGGAACCAUGCAGCUCUGAGCUGCUACGUGGUUCGAAUGAAUAAAUGAAUGAGUUCUGAAGACGUAAGGUUAAGAUCUCUAUUUAAUAGUUUUAGUCUGAGCAAUUGCGAUAACAUAAAGAUGAACAUGAUGUGUAGAUAUUUUCAUGACACCAAACUUCAGAAAAAACGUCCACUAUCUACUACACCUUCAGCCUGGCCGCGAGUAUUACGGGGCGGCAGCCGGAUACUACGGCGCAGCGGCAGGGGGAGGCGCUGGUGCGGUAAUGGUAUUAUUAUAUUUUGAUGAAGAUUGUUGAAAUCAAUUUCAAUUUGAGAACAAAAUAAGCCCUGCUUCUAACUUGUCGACUCCUUCCUCAUAUCAUAAUUUCAGGGCGCACCACCAGCAGCUGCAAUCGGCGGGCAACAGCAUUUGUAUGCGCAACAGCUAGGAGGACUGCCAGACGCGUAUGCGCACCAGCUCCAGACUGCUCCUUAUCAGCAUCCAGCGUCAAGUAGCUUACAUUAUGAUGAAGAGGUUAGUAUUUUACUUAUAUAAAAGCCACAAAGAGAAGUGCAUAAAAAAGGUUAGAAAAUAAAAAAAGGCAACUGCAGCAAUUAAGUCCUGCGAGCGACCUCUUGCUAGGUAAAUGAAUGAAUGAAUGAAGGUUAGUCCUCCCCUCUUCCCCUGUGCAUCACAGGUUUAAUUACCCCUCGACUGGGUAAACUACUACUACUACUUGAAGAGGUAGUUACGUAUCACGAGUGAUGGACGAUUGUCAUUCAAAAUCUGUCUGCGCGUUUUGAAAUCAAACUUCUUUGUGGUGACGAAUGAAAAAUGAGAACAACAACAUGUUUUUAAGUAGGUGGUGGUCUACUGCUUAUCAGAAUCUUGAGAUGACCCCUUUGGCGUUCAUAUCCGAGGCGCAUAUAAUCCCUAUGCCGCAGCGCCAUUGCAGCAUUUGCAGCAUCACCUCGCGCCAGGAGUGCCACAGCAACAUCAAUUAUUAUGGUGUCCUAUGUAGCUGUUGAUCUUGAUGUUGUUCUAGUCUCCACACAUCAAUCAUUCUUCAUCCACACAGGAAUCUUCCCUGUAAAAAUGAAAUCCAGCAACAUGUUGAUCCCUUUAAGAUCUUCCGCAUUCUCUCCCACUUCCCCGAUAAGUAUGUAAAACAACAUGUUGAUCCCUUUAAGAUCUUUUUCCGCAUUCUCUCCCACUUCCCCAAUUUAGAAAUAAUAAACUAGUACUUGCUUCUACUAGUUGUACCCCCCACCUCGUCCACCUGGAACGGCAGUUUUCCGGCUCUAACAUCCGGCGCCCCCGCGGCUCCAGCACCUGCUACAGCGUCUUCCACCCUAGGUGCGCCAAAUAAAGUGUGGCUUGGUGUCGUAAAAACCUACAACUUAGCGAGUGGGUUUGGCUUCAUACGGCAAGAAGAUCUAUACGCAAAAUAUGAAAGAGACGUCUUCUUCAAUCGAAUGAUUGAUGGUACUUUGAUGUUUUUUCCACUAUUUAAUAUUGUUGCACAUGGUAAUUAACGCGGCUUUUAUAAUUAACUUGCCUCUCUUUCGCGCUGCACCUUGGGCGUCCUCGUCUUUCUGUGAUACGAAUCCUGAGAGAAUGAGCGGUGAGUGACCUAGCUGUGGUCUCUCUUGGUCAACUUGCUCAAUAAGGUCAAGAUCAGGGGCUAUAUUUGGACACAACUCUUGAAUGAUACAUACACUUUGGAGACUGACUUUGAGUAGUAAUGGACGAGCCCUCGUCAGCACAUAGUACUUAUGAAGAAGAAGACGUUAAGAAGCAAGUGCAAAAACAAGCGCAACAACAACAACAACAAUAAUUGACCGCUUCUAGUGCUUGAACUCGUAAAUACUAGGUGUAUCUUCAUCAUGAAGGUGGAGACGUCUUUUUUGGUGUUCACAUAGUACUCAUGAUUUCCUCUCCAAGUUAUAGCUUCUGAGAAUCUACUACUUGGUUAAAUAGCAAUGAAUGAAUGAAUGAAUCGAGACUGGGAUGCAGGUUUAUAGCACGCAUGGAGUGCAUGGAGUAGCAUGGAGUGCAUGGAGCGCAGAGCUUUAAGGGGAGCAAGAAACUCCCCUUUAGCUCCAUGCUACUCCAUGUGAUCCAUGCACUCCAUGCGCCAUGCGAGCUGUGCAACCUUAUGAACUGCUCUAUUAUAGCUAAAUAGAAAUAGAUAUCCCAACCUUGCUUUGCUUAAAGUUAAAUCAUAUGAUCCCAACCCUUUGCUUACACCGUCAACCCAUCUACGAUUCUUCGCAUGAUUCUCGGCAAUAACUCUAGACCUGCAUCCCAGUCUCGAUUUACUCUUACAACAUCAACAUCUAGGUGCCGAGAAAAUCGAGACUGGGAUGCAGGUCACUUUUCAAGUCCAGAUUAACGAGAAAGGGCAGCCGCAAGCAGUAGAGCUUAAGAUUGCGGGAAAGGCCAGAAAACCACCUGCGGACAAGGUCUUUCAUGGUGUGAUACGAACCUUCAAUUAAGGCUAGCAACUAUACCCCUGGAAUGGGUUUACUACUACUACUACUACUUAGUAUGCUUUUGCAAGAACUAUGCUACAAUUAAGUACUUGAACACCACCUCGUGCUAGGUAAAUGAAUGAAUGAAUGAAUCCCUUUCCCAUGUGUAUGUGAACUCUAUCGCUUUCGUUCCCAGGGGUACCUUUUGAUCUAGGUCAAAAGAUACCUCAAGACCAGGCAAAUGGAUGAAUGAAUGUACGUGAUGAACUAAGUAUGCUGAGUGAGUGGAGUGCCCUCCUUUGGCUUUGAUAAGUGAACAGUUGGCAGAAUCACUUAGGCGUUGCCUUGUUCGCUUAUCAGACUCAUGAGGAAAGGGGAAACUAUCUGUAAUUCUAAGGGGGACAGACACAGUGUGUGCAUGAUGAUCCCAGCACUCAACCAGAACUACGGAUAGUGCUGAAAAACUGCCUCUAAUUUAAUCAAAACUUAGGCUACGGCUUUAUCAACUGCCCAACAUUGAAAGAGGAGUACGACCGUGACGUUUUCGUCCACAAGCAGCAAUUCGAAGGCCUAGAAGUUGGAGAUCAGGUACUGCUGCAAUUUUUCAGAAGGUUUAUGUUUUUAAUUUAUGUCAUCAAUUAUGUUUAUUGCGCAUUUGUAAUGUAUGAGAUCAUUCGUUACGCAUUUCCGAUUCCCUGUCCAUCAUGACAUCAGCAAGAACCCUCAUUACUCCUCCUCCUCUAAACGGCCUCUCAGUCCACCCUCCAUCAUUUUGAUCCUCUCCACGACAGGUCCAGUUCAAAGUAACUGUGAACUCGAGAGGCCACCCACAGGCAAGAGACGUAGAAAAGGACACGGGUAGUAAGAGCAAUGAAGCGAACGAAACCCCGGUGACACCCCCAGACGGCAAAGCAAAUUUCGUCGGUACUGCUAUCUAGGAUCCUUGAUCAAAUUUGCCAGAUACGUACUGGGGUGAAUCUAUAGUUGUUGUACUAUCUAUUUUUAGAGCUUAUUCGAACAUCUGAUUCUGAACCAUAUUUACAAAGACAAACACAAGUAUUGUUGCUGGUGUAUGCUAGAACUAUGGUCAGCUUUUUUCCAUCAUUCUCGGCAUCUUGGUCCCCUUUUCCCUUGCAUUCUCGUGAAAGGAAAUACAAGGUAAAAGGGGUCACUCAAGAUGAGGGGGACGAGAUGCAAUCUAGCAGACUCUAAUACAAGCACAGCUGCCAUUAGUACUCUCCAUUUUACUCGUCUCCACCCAACACCAGGUCGUCUCCGUACGUUUCAUAGCGAAGCGGAUUACACCUUUAUUGACUCGGACGAGGCAGCCAAAAAAUUUGGCACGACCGACGUAUUUUUAAGGCUACAAGAUAUCCAUAUUCCCCAGCAUCUUACUUCGCCCCGUUUUCAAAGGGAAAACGGGCACCAAGAUGAAUCCGAAGGAAGUGAUACAGGUACAUCCGCAAAUGAGGAAGCAGUAACCUAAGCGCUAGAGACACUGAAACGCACCGCAAAUAAGUAAGUUGUGUUCCUCUGGAAAAAAGAAGAUAAAAGGAGAGCUUAAACAAAAAGUAAGCACCAAAAGCUUGAUCCGAUCCUUAGUUCUAAUAUUUGUGCAUCGAUCUCACUGUCCCAAGGACGAUUUAUUAGAAGGCGAUUUCGAGUUCGACAUUGUCCUUGUGAAAAACCGACCACAAGCGAGGAAUUUGCGACGCGUCGGAGCAACCUCCAGCACUAGAGCAGCAGCAUCAAUGUUAGUUAUUAUGGAACAGGACGAUUGUGUUUCUUCUAUCUAAAGAACGGAGUUCGCGAAAUGGAUCUUGGUUCUAGGUGUUAUUAUCAAGAUCGUAACACUGGAAUAGUAACAUCAAAAGAAAUUCUUGGAGCAUCUUAAGUAAUGACUUAGUAUAUGGAUUGACCUUACAUAUUUAUACAUAGAGAUGAUGAUGAUUCAGUAGAUAGAUGAUGAUCGAGUAUAUAGAGAGACCUAUGGGGCUGACAGGACUACGAAAGCGCCGGCGCUUAGUUAGUUUUUUUAGAUCGGUAACCUUUGCUCUUUCAUCCAAGUUUUCCUUUUUUUCCUAGUUAGGUCUGCUCCACCAUAUGGAUAGACUGCCCCUACAAGUCUUCAUCAUGUUUUUCUUCUACUACGGCUAGUUCGUUGUGGUCUCUCUUGGUCAACAUGCUGAACAAGGUCAAGAUUAGGGGUUUUGGCAAGAACUACUAACAAUACAUACAUUCUACUACGGCUAGUCUUCACCUCUUUCCUGUAUGUCUCUCCCUUCGUGCAAUACUUCUUCUAAUCGAAACAGCAAGCUUUCCUCUGUGUCGAGUACAUCUACCUCAUCAUCCGUGGUCACGGCUUCCAUGGCAUCCGGUGAGCCUCGUGCUUCGGCUGAUCUGGCCACAGCGUCAAGAUCUCCAAGAACGAAACUCCGAAAUAAAGCCCUCGCUCCAGGAGCUGUCCCGGGAAGUUAUGAUUUUGACAUUAAUAAUGAUUCAGUUCUUUUUAGAAGUUGGGAAGUUCUACUUCACGACCUGUUUUUUUAGUCUAGGACAGUUACUUUAGUACUUCUUACGUUGGGUUUGUGUCAUUACAAAUGAAAAAUACUAGUCAGCUGUGUCUCCACCGUAAAUCGAACCACGAGGAAUCACAACCGCGACUAAAGAAUCAACAACUACGAGCAAAGAAUCAGCCACAACUCUGAAGAGAAGUGGCCCAAGAGCAACUCUAAUCAACCGGUGCGACGACGGCUCCGCGCAGUUUCGCAGAGGUGGCCAAGAGCACAAGCGAGCAUGGAGCGACGAAAACUUCCACACUGAGCCCGAUCAAAGUUGACCUCUAACGACCUGGAGCUCAACUUCUGUUACUUAGCAUGAUCAAUGUCAAUCAGAACAUGAUGUUUGGAGCAUCAAGCAGAUCAUCAAUCGUGCGACUACCACUUCAGGUCCGAGUGCACCAUCUGGGACGACUAGGAAAACUCUCUUCUAUACCCUAUAUUUAUUAUAUUAGGUGUGUGUGUGGAAGAUGUGUUGUCAACUGAAAUUGAAAGAAAGCUUGUUGGCGAACCAGGAAUCAACAUAGGCACUUCCGUCAUCCGGCUCAGUUCUUGCACCUACAGAAGUAGAUCUAGUAUGUUUCUUUGUAUCUUUUCAAUGGGUGGAAGGGUCUCCUGUCGUGAAGACGAGGAGAUGAAGGGGACUUGGACUGUCACUAUUCUCGAAGAAAAGAUGAGUCUGUGGAAAAGAUUGCCAUGGUGUAAAAAGAGUAAGCCAGCUGUGGACGAAAAAACCUACUUCAACUUCUGGGAGAAUGAAUUCUGGAGAGCCUCUUGAUGCAAUAGUUUCUUGCGAGAGCCUCCAUGAUAAACUCCAAGACAGGCGACACAUAUGAAGUGUAAAUGGUUACUUUUACUUAAAAAUCGUAUCCGACGUUUUUGGACCUAUAUACCUACUAGAUAUUAGGUUCAUUAUCUAGUUAAACUAGCUAGUUAAGCCAGAGAGGAAGCAAUCGGAGGAUCCGGAGGUUCUGGACGACUUGGGCCCCACCUGGGAACCAUUUACACUUCAUAACACACGUACAAUAAACACUGUCGCGGCUGCUCUUUUAGAAACUGCUUUCACCGUUUCAAAUUAUCCUCUUCUAUAUCUUACAUUUCAAAUAAGAAUGUUGUGGUCAACAUGGCACGACUUACUUACACCGUCUACUCCAAAGCCGGCAAGCAUUAAAAUAGACGGCGGUAGCAAGAAGGAAUUAUAGGAGCAGGGUGUUGAUGCCUGUCUUUGCC